CAGCAACUCUGUGUAUUAUCAUAUUAAAUUUAACCGGUUCGUGGUGAGUGUUAAUUUGGUCAUGUCGUUUCGAUUUUAAUGUUAAGGAUCAGUUUUAAAGUUAAGCUCGCGGGAAGCACAUCAACGUAACAAUGAAUGUGAUUUGGAUUCUACUUACUGCGUAUACUACUAUAACCGCAACUCAAAGCAAUGUCAUCUAUUUCCCACCUCCACCUGUACCUCAACCUAUGAAAUGCGUGAAAAAUAUCGAACUUCUUCCCAGCAAUAUUUCAACCAAUUUCGAUAUAAAAAUUGAAAAGGAUCACAUUGAAUUGACGGUUUGCAAUAACGACAAAUUCGAUUAUUUCAAGGUGCCUUGGAGCGAUUAUCAUUGUUCAUGCCGUAAAGCUAUAGGACUUAAUGUGAACCUAACAUCCAGCAGAAUAGAUGAGGAGAACAAAAUUUGUCAUGGGUCCUCCCUUAUCGACGACGGCUUCGCCUACGAUUCGAAUCAUUCGAAAUGUAGCUUUGAGAUUUUUGAUGACAAAAGCUUCAGCGUAAUAUACAUUACUGGAUUUGGAUAUACUAACUACGUUUAUGCAGUUCACAAAGAAACCGGAGAGAUUACAGAAUAUACCGCAGAAUACAUACACCCGAAGACUCCACACGACGAAUCAGAUGACACCGAUCAAUUUCUGGCAGAACUAAAUGAAUGCCUCGAUGCACAGAACCGUAUACCCAAAAAUUUACCGAUUUCAUUUGAUUUUACUAAGAGAAACAGUCACAUCGAAAUAGUAGCAUUCCGCGAGAAUCAUUACGAUUUCUAUAAAAUAAAUUGGGAAGGACAUUCUUGUUACCAAAAAAUCGGUGAACAUCGCAAGCCAAACGAUACUAUGGGAGUGGAUAAUAAGCUAUGUGAUAAUCGACCAUUGUCGACACAUCAAGACUAUGGUACUUUUCGCUGUGCUUAUGAUAUUUGGACGACAGUGCAUGACGAUGAAGAAUAUUUUGUAUUUUACGUUAAAAGUGGCGUGUGGAGGGGGGCAAACGCUUACAUCAUCAAUACGUCUACGAAUAAUGUCAGUUUCCUUUAUUCUCUAUUAAAAUCUGCCGGCGAAGAAAUAUUCGAGAUAUACAAAACGAGUACCGUUUCAAUAAAAAAAUGUUUCGAGAAGAAACUGCAGUUACCGAAACACUUACCGAUCGAAUUCGAAAUGCUGCAUAAAGCUGGGACAACGGUCAUUUUGAUAGCAUACGCGAACAAAACUGAUUAUUAUGAAAUCAACCGGAGCGGCAGCGUUCGUAUGUUUAAGCCACGUCUGGAUGGUCCGAUAAGAGAAUUGGACGAAUUAUCGGAUUGGGAGAAUGCAGAUGAAGCGCUCGAAUGUCCAUUAGUCCAUUUGGUUGAUGAUCGGGACUAUACAAUACUGAUUGUCGAAAGUCCCACCCAAAUAACUGCGGGUUAUACGUAUCUAAUAAAUAAAGAAACGUUGGACGUAUCGUUCAAGCUUUAUCCGAAUACCAUCUACAGCCAAUGUGAGAUUGAUGUGCCUCAAUCGAAGAGAGAAGUCAGCAAUGAAUUCGAACAUGAAAUCGAGCGUUGUGCGAAUCAACAGAACUUACUUUCGAGUGCCACAAAUGUUUCCAUUGCCCGGAUUGAUAAUCACAUCCGAAUUUCGGUGAAAUAUGACGGGAAAUACGAUCUCUAUGUGCUCAAUUCUAAAGGAUAUGUGUGCUAUGCCAAGCGAGAGUUAACUGCUCCACCCAUAAACGGACUAAUGGAUGAUGCUCUGCAGGAAUGUGACAAACGACGUAUGACAUCAUGUACCGGCGGUGUCCACACUUUCAAAUGUGGCUUGGAAAUUGUAAGCCCAGCAAACGGUGAUUUCGUUGCCCUGAACAUAUUAUCGCGCUUUUGCAACACCACGACGUGCAUGGGUUCAUACACAUAUUUGAUCAAUAAAUUCACGAAGGAGGUACACUUUAAACGGUACACGAAACUUGCUGAAAUGAAGUGGGAAUUGGACAGAACACCGGCGCACGAAGAGUAUGAUUCUGACUUCGAGGAGUGCCUUAAUUUACGCUAUGCAAUACCAAGUGAUUUACCCGUAAAAUUCAACGUAUCCGUGGUAAACCACUUAAACAAGCACUUUGACAUAUCAGUGUACGACGAUGGUAAAUACGAUUACUACGAACUUGAUAGGAGAGGUAAAGCAUACUAUACAGACAUCCGAAGAGACAUGAAUCCGAUCCGAUCAUUUGAGGAGCACUUAAGAUGCGAUGCACAACAUCCGCUUGGACCAUGCACCUAUGACUUCCAUCCAUUAUUCAGAUGUGGCUACGAAGUAAUUAAGAACGAAACUGACAUAUCCAUUUUUGUGUAUGCCGACGACCUUAACCCAUACGAGUAUAACGUCGAUAGAAGCAGUGGAAAGACUUUAUUGUAUCGAUACGAAAGAGGUUUUUUACGUUCAUUUGAAGAAACGUUCGAUAACUGUCUGAAAAAGAAAUACGCGACGGAUUUCCAUAUUCCUUUGGAAGUGACGAUGAAAACGAAGGAAAACAGUGGGGAAACAGAGAAUUAUCUGGCAAUUUCGGUCAAAUAUCAAGGAAAGUAUGACCUUUACGUAACCGAAGAUUGGGGUUAUGUUCGCUACGUAGAAAUGCAAUUGGCGGAUGAACCCAACCUUACACUUGCAGACUAUUCGAACAACAAUCGUGUCAACAGAAGUAGUUUCGACGACACCCCGCUAGCAUUUCGAUGUCCGUUAAAAGUUGUUGAAAAUGAGAACUACGUGAAUGUGUCAGUGAAUGCUCUUCAUUACGAUCACGUUUACACCAUCGACAAAUCGAACAACGCCAUGACAUACGUCAAACGAAAAGAUAAUUUUGUUUUGUCGCUUCCGAUUCCAGAUUUUGAACUGAAUUAUAUUGCCGAAGUGGAUCGAUGCAUGGAAAAAUUAUCAAAUUUUAACGGCGGCCCGUUUCCUGUUACUGUUAUCAGAAACCGAAAUUUUCUACAAAUUUUGGUGGAAUUCAACGGAACCCGUCAUACCUACAUAACUAAUUCACUGGGCGAAGAAAUGUGUCGAGUAUAUCAUGAGCCUCAGGAAGAAGUCAUUGACGUACAUCUAUUACUGGAAGAUGUUUAUCCGGACUGUAUAAGCCGCUAUGGUCCGGCAGUUACAUUUGAUUGCCCUACAUUAGUCUUAACAGAGGAUGAAAAUCAAGUCACCGUGAAGAUUGUCAUAAGGCCUGAAACCUUUUAUUUUACGUACAACUUAGAUAAAUUGUCCGGAACAAUGACUUACAAAUCCCUUUUAAUGGUAAGUUUUCCUGCGAUACAUAGCGUCGUACUCAAAUCUUUAAUCGGAUAAUCUGAACUGUAGUUUAUGUGUCAAAUUGUGUGACUAACUUUCCGUGCCUUUAUAUUCUAUUUUUACUUGGUGUCUACAGAUACAGAAGAGAACUAUAUGCAAUCGUUGCCUAUUAUUUCUGUUAAUUGGUUAAUAGUGCUUAGUGACAUAUGUUUGGCCAAGACAUUUUUUAAAUGGAUUUCUUACCAUGAAGCCAUCAUGGCUCAUUUUGUACAAAUGUACAAAAAUGUAGAUUACGUUUUCUACUACAUUUUUGCACAUUUG